AUGCUGUUCGCCAUCCAGCGGCUCCAUGAGCUCGCGAGGAAGAAGAGUACUGCGGUCUUCGCGUGCUUCGUCGAUCUCACCAAGGCGUACGAUUCGGUGGACCGAGAUCUGCUGUGGGACUGUCUCUUAUACACAUCUAGAUNAGAGUACACGGGCAAGAAGGGCAGGUCAGCGGACCGCCCCCUGUCCUAUGCCCAGGCCCUCAUCCAGGUAGGCUGCGAGGAAACCAUCGAGGCCACCGUGCGCAAACGGAGACUUUGUUUCGCGGGCUUUGUUUUGCGCAUGGAGGACAACUGCCUCCCCAAGCGCAUGCUGUUAGGAGCGAUGGCGGGGGGCGUGGGAUACCGGGGCGGGCAGGAGAGCGACUGGGUGUCUCGUCUAGGAGAGGACCUCGUGGCCUUCAAUAUGGGAGACGAAACAGAAGGGGGGUAAAUGGAAAGAGAGCGCCAAGGACCCCGAGGUGUGGUACAACAAGGUCGAGGACGGGGCGGC